GGGCAAUUGAAAGUAAAUAGAGAAAUGAAGCUCAUCACUAGUCAUUAAUUUAGUCAGCAGUGAUAGAGCAGAUACUGUCGUAUCCUGAAUGUUUGAGUUAGUGUUAUGACCCUAGAUAGAAAUAGUAUUCAUAGAAAAUUAAAGGUUCUAUUACCGGCUACUAGAAAUAUUGAUCAUGACUGGAAAUAAUUACCACUGUAGGAACUGGACAAAUGAAUCCUAUAAGAUCCAACUCCAGCACCAAAAAGCCAUUCCAGCCGAACUCGGAAAACCUUCGGCCCUCAGCAAAGCCCGCACCCGUUGGCGGUGGAGCAUCGUUGGUGGGCAGUUGCAGAAUUGUAUGUUUUCUGGACCGGCAAACCCCGCCAAAGCCCUUUUUCACUACCCAAGAAUGAAUAACUUUUCACGAACUAAACGAGGACUUAAAAGGUGUACAGGAAACUGGUAGAGCUCGUUUAGGUCUCAGAACCUGGCUGGGCCCUCUCAAGGUGUCGUAGACCG